CUCCGGAGCGCGCGGCGGCGCCAGACCGCAGUCCCGUGAGUGGGCGGGGCUUCCUGCGGCGGAAACAUGGCGGCUACCAUGGAAAAUGAAUCAGACACAGGCAACGACGACUAUUAUUCCCUGCUGAAUGUGAGGAGAGAGGCAACUCAGGAAGAGCUGAAGUCCUCGUACCGGCGGCUGUGCAUGCUGUACCACCCAGACAAGCACCGAGACCCUGAACUCAAGAGGCAGGCGGAGCAGCUGUUCAAUCUCGUUCACCGGGCAUACGAAGUCCUUAAUGACCCCCAGGCUCGAGCCGUAUAUGACAUUUUUGGGAAGAAAGGCCUGGAAGUGGAAGGAUGGGAGGUGGUGGAGAGGAAGAAGACGCCUGCGGAGAUCAGGGAGGAGUAUGAGCGCCUGCAGCAGGAGAGGGACGAGAGGAGGUUACAGCAGAGGACCAACCCCAAGGGGACCAUCAGUGUAGGAAUAGACGCCACAGACCUGUUUGAUCAUUAUGAAGAAGAUUUUGAGGAAAUGCCAGGAGGAGGAUUCCCUCACAUCGAGAUCAACAGGAUGCACAUAUCACAAUCUGUUGAAGCCCCCUUGACCACAACGGAUACGGCCGUCCUUUCAGGCUCUCUGACCACACACAACGGUAACGGCGGAGGUAAUAUCAACCUGUGUCUGAGACGAGUCACCUCGACACGCGGCUGGGGAGAGCUAGAGUUCGGGGCCGGAGACAUCCGAGGGCCUCUUUUUGGAAUGAAAGUGUUUCGGAAUGUCACUGCACGAUGCUUUGUGACUGCGCAGUGCGGUAUGCAGUUCUCCUCUCGUGGCGUGAGGCCGAGUGCCAGCACCAUGAUGGCACGUCACCUGGACCAGAACACUAUGGGCUACCUGCAGUGGCGCUGGGGCAGCGAGUCGGCCAUGACCACCAGCAUCGUCCGAGACACCAAGACCAGCCACUUCACCCUGGCCCUCCAGCUUGGCAUGCCUCAUUCUUACCUGAUGAUGAGCUAUCAGUACAAAUUCCAAGAUGAAGACCAAACCAAGGUCAAGGGUUCUGUCAAGACUGGGUUUUUUGGGACGGUGGUGGAAUACGGCGCCGAGAGGAAGAUCAGCAGACACAGCGUUCUCUCAGCGACAGUCAGCAUUGGGGUACCUCAAGGAGUCUCUCUGAAAAUCAGGUUAAACCGAGCCAGUCAGACGUACCUUUUCCCCAUCCACCUGACAGACCAAAUCUUGCCCAGCGCUGUGUUUUACGCCACUGUGGGCCCUCUGGUUGUCUACUUAGCAGUCCAGAAGCUUAUAGUCACACCUUAUGUACACGCCCAAAAGGAACAGGAGCUGGAAAAGCACAGAGUGAACUCAGCGACAGAUAUAGCCAAGAAGAGGCAGGAGGCUGAAUCUGCUGUGUUAUUGAUGCAGGAGUCGGUGCGAAGAAUCAUCGAAGCAGAGGAGUCCAAAAUGGGUCUCAUCAUCUUAAACGCCUGGUAUGGAAAGUUUGUGAUGGACACCAGACAGAAACAGGAGCGAGCGAAGGUCAUCGACGUGACUGUGCCUCUGCAGUGCCUGGUGAAAGAUUCCAAACUCAUCCUCACUGAGGCGUCAAAGGCGGGUUUGCCCGGCUUCUACGACCCGUGCGUGGGAGAAGAGAAGAGCCUGAAGCUGCUCUACCAGUUCAGAGGAGUCAUGCACCAAGUGCUGUCUGGAGACACCGAAGCUCUUCGGAUACCCAAGCAAUCACACAGGAUAGACGCCGAGACGUAGGAGUCUGCCCUACACGUGCGCAAGAGACGAACGACGGACGUCCGCUGAAGGGAAAUCCAAAGUGCUGUCCGAUUUUUUUUCCAUUGUGAAGUUGAGUGUGUAAACCCCGCCCACUUUUCGUUAUCCUGUAUCUCAGUAGCAUAUCCAUGAUGAAGAGAUUUUAGAAAAGAAUUCAGAGCACAGUUAUGGGAUAGAGAUCUAGUGUAGGACUUGUGAAACUGAAUCUGGAAUGUGGUUUUGAUGUAACAUGAGCAGACCCUGAUGUACUUCUUUUUAAAACAGGAAGUCAGGGAGGAAAUUUGUCGGUGUGCUUGAGGAAUUUAAAAAAAAAAAAAAAAACAGCCACGUUUGAGCUACGCCCCGCCUCCUACUGAAUUAACAAACCGGCUAAACAACGCAGUCGAGAGUUUAAAGAGCACUCGUUUUUAAUUGUGUAUAAUUUCUCACUUCCUGUCACGUCCAGUUUCAUAGAGCAAAGUUUUUCAAUUUUUUUUGUUUACGGAAAUGGGAUAUACACACUCUAGAGAUUUGAUUUGACUUGACAAGAGCGAUGAUGGGCCUUCAAAAACUUUUUACCUUUUUCCUCAGAAAUAAUCAACUGAAAUCAAAAUAGGAAUAUCUACAAAACAUACACAUCUUUUUCAUUUUAUGUUUUAAAUAUAUUGACUUAUUUGUGCCUACAUUAUCAAGACACUUGUAAAAAAAAAAAAAAAAAAGCUCUAAAACGCAAAAAUUUGAUUUUACUACGACUGUCCCGACACUGUAAAUUUUUCUCUUAACUUUGCUGAGCUACAGAAUGGAAUAAAUAGAGAAUUGGCCGUAGUCUUUCCCCUGUCAAUCACAGCGUCAGUAGCCAAUCGUAGGCGUGUGUGAGCUCAUGUAUGUGGAAGAGGGUGGACAGCGCUUUCCUCAGAGUGUGUUCCACUGCCCUGUGAUGCAGCAGUUCGAAAAGAUGCAGUUGUCUGGCUUCACGUGUGUUACAACCCCAAUUAGUCUAGGGGUAUGUGGGGAAUAACACUUAUUUGAUUAUUAAAAUAUGAGUGGUGUGUGGGUAAUCACAGACCAGUAACCAGUAGUGCAAAACAAUCCAAGUGAUUUAUUUAUCUAUAUACAAGUGGUGAAGUGUGUAGUACCGGGUGAGAGUGGUAAUAUUUACAAACUAUUUACAGUAACACUGAACAGGACACCAAAGGGGAAAAAGGGACGCGAGCGGCACCAAAGCAAAGAAAUGAACAAAACAAAACAAGUCUACCUAUUUAGCCCUCUAACCUAAACUACAACAAAAGAUAGAAAAGAAAUCUUCAGCAUCCAGGACGCUCUAACUACCUACACUAACUAGCCAAACCAAAAGUACAGAGGGUGGUGCUCGCUCCUAACCUAGUGUGUCUAAUACAAAAACGGACCUCCUGCGUGCUGCACCAUGUAUGUCAUGUGACGUACUUACCUGUCCCCUUUUCCCCAACACUAACAGAGUCACAACCAUGGUAACAAACAGCAAAUUAACCAUACAAACACGUGACUAGAACAAAGCGGGGAAACAUGGAAUAAUUGACAUACAAGGACAAAACACAGUAAGGCAGCGUAACUUAACACAGAACAAACAGUGGUACAACUGGGUUUUAGUUUUUAUACGACCAGGACAACAACGACUUCUCAUGAAUGAAUGGCAGUGGGUUUUAAAUAGGCGGGGUCAGAGGUUGAUUGGAUGUCACGGCCGAUGACAUCAGCGGGGUUAACUGAGACAGACAGGAACGUUAUCCAAUGAGGCAACCGCUGCAGAGAGAGAGAAAGAGAGGGAGGGCGAGAGGAAGCCAUCAUCUGCCCUGGUUGAAGCUGUCGUAUGAUAGGGCAGAUCUGGCUGGUGGGUGGGAAUUGGCAGGUGAACAAAUUGCAGAGAAAAUGUAAAAAAAAAAAAAAAAAAAAAGAAAUCUAUGGAAGUUUUCACGAUUUUGUAACACACUUCUGUUCCACAGCAACUAAAAGAAAAGUUACAUAAGCUCAGUUUCACAGCUCUCUGAGUGAGAUAAUUAGAUCACUUCUGUUUUUCAGUUUCACUUCUCUCUAGCCAUGUGAUAAUUAGAUCAGACUACAUUAGAUCAGAUUAGACUUUGUUCAUUUCGUAGACAUUGCUUGCCAGCAGUUGCUCUGUAACAGUUCACAGAAACAGAAGUAACAAAAAUGACCACGAAACAGCAUGUGUAGAUUCACAUGUUGUGCUGUCUGCCCUCUUCCACAUACAUGAGUGACCUGUUUAAAUGGAUGUCAAGAUAUCGGGGUAUGUGGAAAAAUAUAAUGUGAGCAGCCUGACAUAAAAAUCUGAUUUGGGCAGUAAAUAUUGAAUUGAACACUUAGGCACUUGGGUAAUUUUGUAAAAAUGUUAUUUUUAUUUAUUUAUAUUAUUAUUAUUGUUAUUAUUAUUAUUAUUUAUUUAUUUAUUUUUUUACAAAAACUAUGCAUAAGCAUAAGUAUGAUGUUUUGUGCAUCAAUGUAGAAUUUUAUUUCUUCCUCCCUUUUCUGCCAUCAAACAUCUAUUCCAAAGAACGAGUUAAAGAGAAGGUAUAUUAUUAUUCUGCAUGUCAUAAUUAUCCAUAUUUACUUGUUAUCUUAACAUAAAACAUUUAUCAAAUGUUAUUUUGCACAAAUGGAGCUAAAGCAAAGGAUUUUAAUCGCUUAUUGGUUUAUAUGGCGUUUACUGACACACCUGAGAACCAGAAAAGCGACAUUCGAAACAAUUUCCGUUCAGUUUUUAAUUUUUCCCCUCAAAUGUGACGUUCAUUGAAAUUUAUAUGUACAUAGUAUUGCAUAUGUCCAUGUCUCAUUCAUAAACCCUCCCCAUAGUUAUUAUAACAUGAUUUUCUUUUUAAGCUUAUCCUUUUGUGAGUUCAGUUUCUACUGUGAUCACGUGAAUACUGUAUUUAUUAUAUUUUGGUCAUGAAUGCAUGUAUAGUUAUGGUUAUGGUACUUGAAUAUAACUGGACCCUUUGUGAUAAGUGUGAAACUAAACUGGGCCAAGAGUACAAGAAUGUCGCUAAUGCUCUGUUGUUCUUUUCUGUUUGUUUGUUUUACAAAAACAGAAAUUAACCUUGGGCAGUUGUGUAGGCUAGAGGUGUCCCAGUUCCAUCCAAUUCCUUUGCUUAUAUCCGCCUGCGUUAUUUUCUAAUGAACGUCGUAGGUUUGAAAUCCCAAAAUCUAAAUCAUUUAAAGCACAGCGAGUGAGUCUGAGCAGAAUAAAGUUACUGAAAAUAAAUAUAUGAAUGAAUAAAUAUAAUAUAAAUAUAAUUUAUAAAUAAAUGUAUAAAUAUAGGAAUGAAUCAUUGAUCCAUUUACACGAGUCGUUUGCGAACGAGUCAACUCUUUGAUUCGACUCUUUUAUGUAAGAGAGCCGACUCGCAGAACAUGAACAUAUAUAUAUAUUUUUUAAAUUAAUUUUCCACUUUAAUUUUUGUAGAUGUAGGCACUGCAUUUUACUCUCACAGUGUGAUUUUAAUCAAAAAAUCACUGAGCUGUUCGUUAGCGUGAAUUCGUUCAUCUUCAGUGAGCGCUUUAUCCUGGUCAAGUUCGCAAGUUUUCAAUGUAAUCAAAUAAAACUUUUUUUAUGUUGCACGAGUGUCCUCUGCAGCUGACACGUCUGACUUGCGUCCUUUCUAAGGCUGGCCGAUACGAUGUAAAAAUAUCAUACCGCCGUACGUGAAGAUGUUUCUACGAUACAUGAUAUGUAUCACGAGGCUUAACUUUGGGAAGAACUUGCUGCAAAACAGUCACGUUUCAUUUAAAAAAAUUUUUUUAAUGUCUAAAAUAAUUAAGAUUAACGUUUCAAUUAAUAUUUAAAGAUUCAGUACAAAAUGUGAACAAAAAUUAGCUGCAUCCAGUUUGUGAUUAUAAAAAAGAAAUAUUAAGAUCUCAUGAUAUAAUUUAUCACGAUAUGGAUAUCGAAGCAUCAUAUUGCCCAGCCCUAGACACUUCAUUAUUUAUUUAUUCUGAAAACCUCGUUUUUUUAUCGCCAACCCUUUCAGAAGAAAGAGAGCGUCGACUCUUAUCGGUGAGCUGAGUCAAACGAUCUGAUUCUUACCUGUAGUUGUGCAUUAAAAUCAAAAAUGAACUCAUUCCUUCAGCACCUUCAUCCUCAACCACCUUCAUCUUCAACUCAACUCUGAGGGUUUUCUUUUUUCUCCUAUUAAUCCACGUUUCUUCACUUGUUAACAUUCCCAUCUGUAAUGUAAUCGUCUCUAUACAUUCGUGUACAAAGCUGUUGUAUAUCUGAAUUUUCAGUAAACAUUAAAAUGUGAAUCAUUACCCCCCUGA